AUGUGGAGAAGGCGUUCCUUAUGGUUGGCAUUGCAGAGGACGACAGAGAUNUCAGGACCAACAAAUGGAGCAGUGCAAAAUGACCAACAGCAGAACAACCUUGCGACAACGCAUGUCCUCAAGACGGCUACAAAACCUGUGGACAUUACAAAUGAGAGCCUUGAUGAAAGUCUGCGGAGGUUCUGGGACCUAGAGUCACUGGGUGUCAAACCAAGAUCUGUGUAUGAAGAAUUUCAAGAGAGGAUAACCUUUAAGAAUGAUCGAUACGAAGUACAUUUGCCAUGGAAGCUGCCACACCCAAUUCUUCCUGCUAACUAUGAGCCGAGCACAAAACGGUUGAGUAACUUACUCAAACGUCUGAACCAAGAUCCUGAAGUCUUGAAAGAGUAUGAUUCAGUAACAAAGGAACAGCUGAAAAAUGGCAUAGUUGAAGUUGUAGAGAAGCCGGCUGAUGGUGAAGUUGGAAAGACUCAUUACCUCCCGCACCAUGCAGUUAUAAGACGAGAUAAGGCGACAACCAAGUUAAGAGUUGUAUAUGAUGCCUCAGCCAGAUCUAAUGGUGCAGCCUUGAACGAUUGUCUGUACACAGGACCACCCCUUGCAGAGAACAUUUUUGACAUUCUCCCGAGACUUCGAGCUUGCAGAAUAGCUCUUACUGUUGAUGUGGAGAAGGCGUUCCUUAUGGUUGGCAUUGCAGAGGACGACAGAGAUGUACUAAGAUUUUUGUGGGUGGAUGACAUUGAGAAAAAGAACCCAGAGAUCGUGGUGCUAAGGUUCUCCAGAGUUGUCUUUGGAGUAUGUUCUAGUCCAUUUCUACUCAAUGCAACCUUGAAACAUCACAUUGAAAGACACAAGAAUGAAGACCCUGAGUUUGUAGACCAAUUCCUUCGCUCCAUCUAUGUAGAUGACUUGAGUUCCGGAGCCGCUGACAACAAUACAGCAUAUGAACUGUCCCUCAAGUGCAAACUCAGACUUGCUGAAGGAGGAUUUAAACUGAGGAAAUUCAUGUCGAAUUCAAGUCAGCUAACCAAGCGAAUUCAGCAGAAUAAAGCACGUAUCUCAGCUCCUGCCAUAUCUGCAAACACUGAUCACAUGAAUUCACCUUCAGACCUUUCAAAGGAAAAUUCUGUAAUCGAAGAAGACAAGACUUAUGCAAAGAGUGUGCUUGGAACUGCGGAGGAGACAUCUG